UUGGGCUGCUCUAAAUAGCGCUUACAUUUGUCGCAGAGGACACAUAAUUUACGGUAACGCUGCUAUAUAUUAUAUUAGCUCUCUCACUGCGAAAUAAUGUCGCUUAGUUGUCGAGUCUCGACGUAAUUUCAGGCAGCGGAGCAGCUGUUGUUGGCGACCGCCAGCCUGAAAACUGAUUCAACAGCAAAGUGCAUCCCAACACUUAAUGCGCUUGUGUGUUUUACAGACUUAAGCUUAAUGACCACACUGACUUUACCACCUGUCUGUUCAAAGCUGGCGUAGCUGCGUGUCUUUGAUCCCGUUCUUGGUUUGGAUUGGAUCCGUUUCGAACAUGUCAUCGUGGCUGGGUGGACUCGGUUCUGGUCUGGGUCAGUCUCUGGGCCAGGUCGGCGGCAGCCUGUCAUCCUUCACAGGACAAAUAUCGAACUUUACUAAAGACAUGCUACUGGAAGGAGUGGAAGAAGUAGGAGUUGCAGAUGCAACAGCAAAACUACAGGUUUCCAACUCCAGAUUGUCUGAAGUUGAGGCUGCAUUUUUAACUCAAAAAUCUGAGUGUGAGAGAUUGAAGAGGCUCCAUGCCGAACUCAGUGAGAAACUGGAAGCAUCGGAGAUCCAGAACAAAAGGCAAUCUGCAGAAUACAGAACCCUUCUGCAACAGAAAGAUGUGGAAAUAAGUCAUCUGAAAGCUCGGCAGAAUGGACUCCAGGAAGAAGUCCAGAAGCUGCAGCAGUCAGCCCAGGCUGCUUUGGUUGGCGCCGCCAUGCUACCUGUUGCUUCCACAUCCUCAACCACUGCCACCACCUCUGCAUCCUCAUUCCUGUCGCAUGGUGCACAUGUCCACCAGGUUCUCCAUGGAGACGAAGUUGAUCUCAGCGAAGCCAUCUGGUUGCAACAUGAGGUCAACCGGCUGUCAACAGAAUUCAUGCGUCUGGAGGCUGAGGCGGAACACUGGAGGCGUGUUUCUCAGGUAUCGACGGCAGCCGGUACUGGUAAUGGUGACCAGAGUGAAAUUGUCAAACUUCAAAGAACCAUUAAGGAGCUACGAGAUGAUAUGAGUCGAGAAGUUGACGAACACCAGCAUGAACUGGCAGCUCUGCAGGAUGCCCAGCGCCAAAAGUUGGCAGAUAUCACCCGUCGUCACAGAGAGGAGCUGGCAGAGUAUGAAGAGAGGAUAGAGGAGCUGGAGGAUCAGAUUCAGAGUGGAAAGAGUCAGGCCACUUCCACAUCAGAUACCUCAAAACUGCCUGAACUCCAGAGAACCAUACAGUCCCUUCAGCAAGCAGCAGAGCAGCGGGAGAAGCAGCUGGCAGAACUCUCUGCCAGCCUGGAGGAGGCAUGUGGUAAACUGACCUCGGUGCAGCUUGAGAAAGAUGAGGCUCAGGAAGAAAAUGCUGAGCUACUACAGAAUUACACAAGACUUCAAGCCUCUGUCACAGAGCUCCAGACACGAGUACAAGAGCAGGAGGGGAAAGUUUUGCAUAAGGCUCAGCUAGACCACGAGAUCCAGGUUUUGACAACUUCUCUUGCAGCUGCAGAAAGAGAAAUACAGAGUCUGAAAAAUCUGGCUAAUGAGCAACUGAAGGAAGAAGUUGAACAUGCAGACAUCCUUGAACUGAACACUAUUAUCGAACGGUUAAGACAAGAAAAGGGUGUCUUAGAACAAGAAAAGCUGGCUCUGCAAGAGAGACUUGAUGUGGCAGAGAAGCAAAUGCUAAGAAAUAAUGCAGCAGACUCUGAUGAACAAGAAUCUUUGGAGCUGAAGGCGGAACUGGAGAGGAGAGAAAAGCUAUUGAGGAACGCAGAGGAGGAACGGGACACCUUAAUGUCUGAGCUGGAGGAACUAGACCGACAGAACCAGGAAGCAACACAGCAUAUGAUCUCGGUGAAAGAGCAUCUCUCUGGACAAUUAAAGGAAACUGAAGAAAAGUUGUCGAGACUCAUGGCAGAAUUCAACACAGCCAAAGACCAGAAAAAGGCAUUGGAGCAGGAGCUUCAGAGGCAAAAAGAGAGCAUGAGCCAAAGUGCUUUUACCCUUAAUGACCUGCAUAUUGACAAACAGCAGUUGGAAAGUACAGUGAAGGAGCUGAAAGAGAAACUGGGACAUGCACAGGACCAGAACAGGAAUACACGUAGAGAAAUCGCAGAUCUGAAAGAGAUUUUUCAAAAGAAAGAGGAGCAGCUGUCUGCUGCCAAAGCAGAGCUGGCUCAGGCAGAAGCGAGUGGAAGUGAGGCACAGAGAAACCGAGAGGAGCUGUCAGGGAAGGAACUGGAGCUGUCAGACGCCAGGCGGGAACUGGAUGAUAUGAGGAUGUCUUACGAGAAGGUGAUGUCAGAUGACUAUGAGAUGAAGAUGGAGAAUAGGAGGUUGAAGAGUGAGAAUGAGCAGGCUCUCAGUAAAGUUGAGGAACUGAGCAAGCAGAUGAAGGAAAGCCAGGUGUCUGUGACCAGGUCCAUACGUGAAAAGGACACACGUAUUGAGGCCUUGAAGCUGGAGAAAGGUCAACUGAAAGAUGAAUUAAGACAGUCUGAAAAGUCAUUGGCCGAACAGACAAAGCAGUACCAACAGACCAUAGAGGAGUUAACCCGGGCACGCUCGAUGGACGCUUCAGCUUUACAAAUGGAGCAUGAACGUGCCAUCAAAGUCAACCAGGAGAAGGACAUUGAAAUAGCUCAGCUAAAGAGAGAAAAUGAGCAGUUGGCGUCUGACAACAGAGACACCAAUGAGAUGCUCUCUAUCACAGUUGCUGGGCAGAAGCAGUUGACAGACUUGUUGCAGGAGAAGGAUGCCUUUGCGGACACUUUAAAGCAAAAUGCUGCAGAUUUGCAGAUGGAGAUGGAGAACAGCAUUUUAGCUGCAACCAAAGAAGCUGAUGCUCUGAGACAGGUGCUAGAGGAGAAGGACAAACAGGUGGGAGGUAUGAAGGAGGAGAACAGCCAUUUAAAAGAAGAGAUUGAUCGCCUCAGGGAUCAACAGAGUAGACCCCAAGCACUAGCUGAGCCCAAAACUCUAGACAUCAUCACAGAGCUGGAGACGGAGAUCGCUCAUCUCAAGUCUUCUAAGAAUGAUCUGGAAGAGGAGGUUCAGUCUCUGAGAAGAAACGUGGAGGAACAGCAGGCUUCUUUCCUUCACACCCAGCAGUCUUUGCAGGUCCAGCAGAGUGAGCUUGAGCAGGCCCAUGCUGGUCAUCAGCAGACCUCUCUGAAUUACGACAGACUUAUCCAUGCCAGAGAUGAAGAGAUAGCACACCUCCAGCAGAUAGUGGACCGGCAAAGUGAGAGCCAGAUCCAUCCUGACUCAUCACCACUGGUGCAAGGAGAGGUUAUACUGCAGGAGGAGAAGACGACCCAGUCUCUUAACCAGGAGAAUGGCAAUGAGAAGCAUGACUUGUCCAAAGUAGAAAUAGAAAGACUGGUGAGGGGCAUCAAGGAGAAGGAGAGUGAGAUCACCCAGCUGAAUGAAAAGAACCUGUCACUAACCAGGCAGCUGGACCAGCUGGUGGUAUCAAGAGAUGAAGUUGGAAGACUGUCGCAAAUGAUCCUCCAAAAGGACAUGGAGAUCCAGGCACUUCAUGCUAGAGUCUCCAUGUUUGGGGGCAAUGGACACAGCCAGGAUGUUAUGUUCUUACAACAGCAGCUGCAGGCAUAUACAGUGGAACGAGAGCAAGUGCUUGCUGUGCUUAACGAGAAGACGAGAGAGAACAGCCAACUCCGUUCUGACUACCACCAUAUCAUGGAUGUCAUGGCAGGGAAAGAGGCAGCGCUGUUAAAACUACAGCAGGAGAACCAGCGCCUUUCCAACAUGAGUGAUCCAUCAGGAAGCCAAGAGAUGUUCAAGGAGACCAUUCAGAACCUGUCCCGCAUUAUUAGGGAGAAGGACAUUGAGAUUGAUGCAUUGACGCAGAAAUGCCAGACUUUAGUAACAGUGCUGCAGUCUUCAGGAGGGGAUUCUGAUGCUGGCUCUGGAGGUGUGAGCAGCAACCAGUUUGAAGAACUACUGCAGGAGCGGGACACGCUGAAGCAACAGAUAAAGAAGAUGGAGGAGUGGAAGCAGCAGGUCAUCACUACAGUCAAGAACAUGCAACAUGAAUCGGCCCAGCUACACGAGGAGCUGAUCAAACUGCAAGGGCAGGUUUCAGCUGAUAGUGACAGCAGUUCCCAGCUGUCUGUAGACUAUGCUCGACUCAUCCAGAACUAUGAGCAGAAGGAAAGGAGGUUUCUAACCCUGAGUCAGGAACUUGCUCAGAUCCAGCAGACUGCCACUCGGCUCACUACUACCAAAAAUGUCUUGAUGGGUAAACUGGACAGUGUUCCUCAGGUUCCUGAAGCCACUAGUGGACCUUUAAUUGCAGAUGACGUGCCAAGCCAACAGGCAGUUCCUCUUGUCAGUGAGAAACUACAGGAAGAACUUGUAUCAUUGCAAGCACAUCUAGCUGAGAAGGAAAAAAUAAUCAGUACUCUUCAGCAGAACAACCACCGGCUGUCCAACUCGGCAUCUGCCUUGGAGAAUGAACAGAGAAAUCAGAUAAAGGAGGUCCGGCAGAUCAGAGAGAGGCUGGAAGCCCUGCAGAUGUCUGUAAGGGAGAAGGACUUGCUCAUUAAGACCAAAGGAGACCAGCUGAGCCUAGUGAGUGAGACGCUCCGUAACCGUGAGAAUGACAACGAGGUGUUGAAGCAGGCUGUGACUAACCUAAAAGAGCGCACCCUUAUUCUUGAAAUGGAUGUUAAGAAGCUGAAAGAUGAGAAUGAGCUGGUAGCAGCACGCUCCCGAGAGAAAGAAUCAGAGUUCAGAGCGCUGCAAGAAACCAAUAUGCAGUUUUCCCUCCUGCUCAGAGAGAAGGAAUUUGAGCUGAGUGCAGUGAGCGAGAAGGCUGCCACAGUGGAGAAGAUGCUUAAGGACAAAGAGCAGGGAAAGUCUGGUGAGCUGAAUCAGCUCCUGAAUGAAAUAAGGUCCAUGCAAGAGAAAGCUGUGGCAUUCCAGCAAGAGAGGGAUCAGGUGAUGAUGGCACUCAAGCAGAAACAAAUGGAGACCACUGCAGUACAGAAUGAGCUGCAGCAUACCAAGGAUAAAGAACAGCGUCUGAACUUGGAGCUGGAAAGGUUACGUAAUCAUCUCUUGGAGAUUGAAGACUCGUACACAAGAGAGGUCAUUGCUGCAGAGGAUAGGGAGACUGAGCUACGCAGGAGAGUGACACUACUGGAUGAAAAACUAGCCACUUCCUCCAGUGCCGUGGAGAAUGUCAGCCAACAGGCCACCAUGCAAGUGGAGUCUCUGCAGGAGCAGCUGAAUGGAGUGGUGAAGCAGAGGGACGAUGCACUUGCACAACUCCGAACUUCUCAGGAGCAGGUCAAGCAAUAUGCGAUAUCACUGUCAAACCUGCAGAUGGUGCUAGAGCAGUUCCAACAAGAAGAGAAAGCCAUAUACUCAGCUGAGCUCGAAAAGCACAAGAAGGAGAAGAAUGACUGGAAAAGGAAAGCUCAGAAGUUAGAAGACCAAGCUUCUGCUCUUCAACUUAACCUCAAUGAGGCCAACGCUGCUCUAGAAUCAGCAUCUCGCCUCACUGAUCAGCUCGAUUUGAAAGAGGAGCAAAUUGAAGAACUGAAAAAACAAGUGGAUGUGAGACAGGAGAUGUUGGAGGAAGCUCAGAGGAAGUUGAUGAACCUUCUGAAUAGCACAGAAGGGAAGAUAGACAAAGUCUUAAUGCGUAACCUGUUUGUGGGAUACUUUCACACCCCUAAAACCAAGCGUGCUGAUGUGCUGAGGCUCAUGGGAAGUGUUCUGGGACUCAGUAGGGAAGAUAUUGAGAAGAUGUUGGAGGAGGACAGGCGGCACGGUGUUACUGUCUGGGUGUCCAGCUGGCUCGGAGGCAGAGGAGCACAAAUGGCCCCAAACACUCCCCAAAGGCCCACCAGCGGACAAGGCUUCAACUCUUCCUUCUCCGAGAUGUUUGUGAAAUUCCUGGAGAUGGAGUCGACCCCCUCGUUACCCGCCCCAAAACUUCUUGUUCACGACAUUACGCCUCUAAGUGCCCCGCCUCAUAGAAGAACCGGUAGUGCUGCUCCCAGCACCGGUGCAGGAACUGCAGUAACCCUUAAGCGAUCUGGUGACUCCAACCCGUUCCUGGCUCCUCGCUCUGCUGCAGUCCCACUGAUGGCUGGGUCCGGUGCAGGCGGCGCAGGGGGUCACCUUCUCAUGAAGCCCAUCUCAGGCGCUCUCCCCACCUUCACACCUGUGCCAGUCUUAGCUGAGUCCAGCGCUGGCGCUGUGCUGAAAGAUCUGCUAAAACAGUGAUUUCACUCAAAAUGUGGCUCUAUUAAAAGGUAUUAAUCAUCGGACUGGAGUUACAUGCUACAGAUGGAGAUAUUACAGAAUUUCUGCUCUUUGUUUGACUGUGCUGCUAAAAUAAAUAACCAUACAAGAACUGAAGCAAAAUGCAGGGAUUUAUUUGAAUUAUUUUUUACUUGCAAUUACUGUUCUAUGCAACAGAUUUUCUCCAUACAUUAAUGAAAAUGUGUUAACGCACAUUAUCCUUUACAAACAAACUGCCUUUUUGUUCAUAGGUUGUCUUGAUACAGUUUUGUGUACCACCUCUGAGCACAUAGGACAGAACACGUGGAUUCACAAUAAUUAUCAUCCAUUUGUAAGAGGAUGAAUCUCACUUCCUUCCAGUGGACAUUUGCAGUAGCUUUUGAACAGUUUUUAUUUUCUGUUUUAACACUGCGGUGAGUAUUUCCGAACUACAGCUUGGCUAAAAUUCUCUGGCAGUAGUAGCUUGCAGAGAUUUAUAUUGCUCAGUGCAUCUGUUAAAACCAUAAAGGCUUUUUUUUUUCCUCUACAAAAGUCUGUCCGUUUUCCAGACUCCCAAACUGUGUCUUGCAGCAAGCGUUAUAAUUGUGGCUGUGGACUGUGGUUUAUCAUACAUUUUGACAUGAAGACUGUGCCUAUAUUUAAGUACAGUAAUAUUAUAUAGUUCUAUAUGUAAAUGGGUGACGUCUGUCUUAUUGGUGGGCAUUGAAGCUAAGGUUCUGGAAUUAAAGUGCCUACAUUUUGAUAGCAUUCUGCAAAGUCAUAAUUGUAAAUGUUUAAUAUAAAAUACAUACAAAAUGUAAAAACUGCACAUCCAAAAAUACUUGCAUACCUGUGUAGAGCUGGCCAGAAAAAUAAAAGUUGCUCUACAUUUUUUUUGUAUAGACAUCAGUCGUGCUGCAGAGGCAUGUCACAGGGUUUUCUCCACCUGUACUGAAGAAAUGUAUAAAAUGUAAAUCACAAGUGUAAAAGAAGCUUUGUAGAAUCUUGUACAGUCUUGACUGGUGCAUCAAACAAGUGGAGUUGGGUUACCUUGAACUUGGAAGAUCUUUAAACUAAAAUAUCUUAAAUGUAACUUGAAAUUAAAUAAAGGUAAUAUUGUUUGAUUAA